UGAAAAUAGUAGCAUAAAAAAAUACAGAAUCCUGACUUGUCAGCCAAUUCAGUUGAGCAGGUUCAUCAUUUUUGUUUGUGUGAAUAAAGAUGUAGAGAGAAAAAGUUCAUCAGAAUCACUGUAAGCUGUUUAACUGCUCUGACAGACACUUCAUUUAAUUUGAACAUGGCAGCUGUCUCACUGUGUAUGACAAUAUUCGGUCAUUAAAUGUAAUCUUUUCUCUGCUCCUUCCUUUCUCAUUCCUCUACACUGUAGUAACCCUCAUUUGGUGGUAACACAAGGUAAUGAUGACCUACAUGUUGUGGUGAGAUCUUUGCUGUUAAGGGAUUAAUAGGUUAUUCCUUUGCAAGAGAUAACCACAAGUGUGAACUAAGCGGAAAUUUUAAGGUAAAUCUGAUACACACCAUCCUGAAGUCCUUAUUUGGUGUUUUCCUUCUCAUUACGUGUCACUAUAUUGUGGUCACAGAGUCGACAAUAUAAGAAGCAUCCUUCGUAGACUCAGUAGCGUGUUAAACUUUUCUACUCAACUCAAAAGUUCUAUCGAGCAGUCUUUCUUGAAGACAUGAGGAACAUCAGCAUUCAGAUUCUUUCAGCAAUGAUGCUUGUGACAGUCUUCUCAGCAUCACUGAAACCACAUCACAAAGACCUGCUGCUGGAACAAAUAAAGAAUGCGGCAACAAAUAUGUCCAAAACCAACGACACAAAUGGGGUAAGAAAACUACUCACUGACAUGCAGAUUUGUUGGUUUGAUCAUAUUUUGACAGUUUCAUCUCCAUCACUGCAGGUGCAGUUUAUAGACUGGCCAAAAACAGAGAGUAGAUGUCCGGUAAGAAAAAUACAUUUUACAGUUAUGGUGUUUUGAUAUUUUGUUUGACAUGAUGUAAUUUUUAAAAAUUUGCAGGUUAUUGUUGCUUAAUUGAUUUGUUUAAUAUCGCAUCUAAUAGCGUUGUCUUUACAGAGGGAGUUCUUCUGUCUGGCUGAGCACGCUCUGAAAGCAACAGAUUUAAAAAAUUCAACUCUCACUGUUUAUCUGGAAACAUACAAUAAGCACCAAGACCCAAAGGUAAAAACAGAAUUAAAUGAAAUGACAUUUAAAUGAGUAAAAACAGAUUCUCAAAUUGUUCUGCAUUCUCAUCCAUGUCAUAUAUUUUCUGUCUUCAACUAAAUAUGUGAAAUUAUAAAGAAAACUAUCACCAUUUUCUUGUUUCAGGUCAAGUGCCCACCAGGAAAGACUCACAAAAUUCGCAUAGAGACUUUCCUGAAAAAUGUUACCUUCUGUGCGGGCAGAGCCAACAGCUAAAGAAAAGGAGCAUUGCCAUAAAUUACACAAAGUGAUAUUAUUCCUUAUUUAUGUGACUUAUGUAAUAAUUUAUUCUUAUUUAAAAAAUAAUACUAAAUAAAUUAAUUCUGACAUAUCUUUUUCAUGUACUGUUUGUAUUUAUACCUCAAUAAAUCCUAAUGUGACAGUG